UUGUCCUGUGAACUUCGUCGCGCUGGAAAGUCCUGCAGAAUUUCCACAUUUUCCCAUUUUUGGUGUGAGUGCUACGUGUUUUGUGCGCGUGUGUGUGUUUCGUGUCUGUGUAAGGGCGCCAAGUUCUUUGGCUUUAACUUUAACCACUCAGUAAACAACAACAAAGCAGAGACAUUGACAAAAAAAAAAGAAGAGGGAAGGGACACAGGCCACAGGACAACACAGCCUGCGGUCAGGGAAACCGCAAUCAAAAAUUGUAAACAAUCUCUGGAAAUUGAGAAAAAUCAACAAAGGAAGACGACGCCGCCAAGUAGGCAACAAUUCCGCUGCUAGCCAACAUGGAAAUGGACGUUAAUCGCCCGACUGGCCGCCAUGGCAACCUAAUGACCAUAUCCGCCCGCUGCUCGAACAACAAUGCAGAUGGGCCGUUGGCCGGAAGUGAGGCGACUUCCGGUUUGGGGCCGCCGCCUCCCAGCGGCUGUUGCGGCAUCUUGAGCCGCCUCCUUUGUGUGAGCCGCCAUAAGGCCACCCAAUCGGUGGCGGGCAGCGAUCCCAUCUCCCAGCUGCAACUGCAGCGGAAGGGAGUCGCAUCGAGUGCAACAACAACAGCUGCGAUUUCCGGACAGCGACGCCGCAGGACGCCGCAGGAAAUCUACUUCGAGAGUCGCGGCAAGUCCUGCAAGAAGCUAUUGAAAUUCAAUGGUAAUUCGAACAAGAUAUUGCUGUAUCCCGAGGAGGGUUGGGCGCGAACCGCCUCGUCCAGUUACUGGACCAUCACGCCCUGCUUCUGGCAGCCCAAUCGCUGUCGCAUCGUCGAGUGCUCCGGAACCCAGCGGCGCGCAACGAAGGCCCGGAUGAUGCCGCUGGAGCAGCAGGGGUCUCUCCUGAUUGCCGGACACUUUCGCCGGACAACGGCGGUGGGCGGUGGAACGGCAUCGCCGGCGGGGGGCGGGGCAGCGGGCUUCGGGGCGGUGGCUGCCACGCCCACCCCGGCAAUACCCGCCAGUGCGGUUCGGACGGGGUCAACGGGUUGUGACAAGUCGCUGCCCGCGUGGAACGACGAGUUCAAGCUGUAUCUCACGUCGAACAUCUCGAUGGAGGACUACAACAUGGGCUACUGCCUCACCGGAUUCGUGGAGCGCCGCUGCCAGGUGACCAACACCUUCCAGAUGACUCACUUUGCGGUCAUCAAGCGCCAGUGGCCACCGUCGCCGUCCAACCUGGGCAACUCCUAAGGCCCCCAAACCCCACUUUUCUAAUUGUGAUCCGAUCUUUUGUUUCGAAUUGGAAACGAUUGAAAUUAAAUAAGGGACUAUUGCUGUUUUCGCCUUCAAAGAGUUGGAGGGAAUUCCAAAUUAAAAUCAUUUUUCAUUUAUUUACUGAUUCAAUAACUUAAAACCUUUGGGUUUAAAAUCACUUAUAAUGGUUAUUAAACAUUGUAUUUUAAAUGAUAAUUUUCGUUGGUUUG